AUGUUUCACCCAGCAAAACCCUUUCUCGCCGACGAUGAAUUCGGCUCCGGUGGUUGCGCUGAUACAAGAUCCGAACCCAAGCUCCGCAGGUUUUCAAUCUCGGCUCCACGGGGAAGAAAAUCACAGCCGAUGUCGUUUACCCCCAUCUCCUCCUCGACCGAGAUCUGGCUCGUUACGGAGGUUGAAUCCAUUAAUACUCUAGCUAAAUUGCCUAAUCUGAGACCUUAUCUAGUUGUGGUUGCAGCCACUGGGACACCGUCGUUAUCUCAGUCCACGGUUCCAUGUCCUGCUCCGUCGACGGCGAGAUCUGAGGUCGCCGGAUUUGUUCUUCAGCGUAAGCUCCGGCGAUGGUCCGAGCUGGCUCCGCCGCGACUAAAACCGGUUGGAGUCCUCGCACAUAGCCGCUGCCACCAUCUGUCAUGGUGGUCUCGUAUCCCGUCAAUUCUUCGGUUCCAAGAGAUGAAAUCGAGAGUUUGGGCUUGGCCCAUUCCGAGAUUUGAAAAGUCUAGUCCAAUAGGCCCUUUGUUCAGAUAUUUGGAGCCCGCCCAGUACAGGGGCUGA